GCUAGUUUGAGCGUGAACGCACUGGAGCGCACGCAGAACAGUAUUUGUUAGCAAACAAUUAAAUGAUCAUGAUUGGUUACUAGUGAGUUUAAACAAUGAAAAGCAAUUAUUUGGUGAUGCUGCAAGGAAUCGAUAAUUUUCUAUAUGAUUUCUUAUAUUUUGUGUGUUAAUCUGUCAAUUUGUCACAGUUUAAACUAGUAGUUCAACAAGUUUGCUUUUGUUGUUUGAGGUUAGACUUUUUUACGUUUUACAUUUUAUUUCUUCGACCAAUUUCUUAAUUGUUUAAUUAAAUAUUAAAAUGGCGACUUGUAAUAUCGCGGCCAAAAAUAAUUAUUUAUUGACAAAAGCAAAUGAUAAAAGAAUUUUUUAUCAAAACUAUCAACAUCUCUGUGGUCUACUUCAGAUCCGUCCAUUUAGAAAAAAAAUCAAAAAGAAAAUAUCAGAUAAUACUUAAAUUUAAAAUGAAAUUCCGAUGAUCAAUGUAAAAUUAAAAAAGAAAAUUUAUAAAAUGGGAUCGAGAUUGGGACUUAAUUCUACGAAAGUUACUAAUUUUAAAGAGGAUUCGAAUUUAACUUGGAGAAAAAUAAUUUUUCAAGAAAUUCUUUGUCAUCACAAGAUAAAUCAAUCAAUUAUUCUGAUUUCCGGAAAGAUUCAUCAUGCGGACUACAAUGCCGAAAAAUUUGAUAAAUCAUGAGCCGAAAGAAAGAAAAUUAAAAAAGAAUAAGAAGAAAAAGUCAAUGGAGAAACAGGAAAAAUCACGUGCUGCUGCUGUGUCUGCAGAAACAGAACAGCAGAAAAAUGUACUGAUCAAGGACAUGCUCGAGGAGAUACGAGUAGAGAAGUUUAAAUCUGAGACAGAAGCUUCGAUCGAUGAAGAUGAAGCGAGAAAACGAAAAAUUCAUUUAGAAAAAACCUGGCAUGUUAUUACGAAAAAUGAACAAGCGUUUAUGGAGGAUGCUUUGGAAAACAAAGAAGAAGAUGAGUGGAUCCAAUAUAUGACUUGUGACGGUCUACCAAAUCCUGGGAUACUGUCAGAGUUAAAUACAUUUUUAUUUAUUUGGGAUUUAGAGGAUGAAGAAGCGUCAAUGUUAAACAUUUCACAAAAAUGCCAAGUCGUUAUUUAUUUGUUGCUAAAAUUAGAUAACAUUAUUGAGUUGAGUUUAAUGGAGCCUCCUGAGUAUAUUGAGGACUGCAAAAACGUACGUAAAAUAUUUAGGGCAAAACUGAAAUACUGGAUUGAUCUGGCGACUUAUCGGCUUCUCCGUCAGAUCGAGCGAGACAUGAUUAGAGAGGAUUUAAGAAAUGCGAGAUAUAUAAAAGAAGCUGAUGAAAUUAUUUGUUGCAUUUGGGCUUUGAUCAGAUUGCCAAUUAGUAUCAAACAAUUAUCGGAACGUGAAAGAAAUCCAAUAGAAAUAAAUUUUAAAGAACUAGAUUUGACUGUUAAAAUGCCUGUGGAUGUUGAUUGCUACGCUAUGUCAAUACGCGGACUCUGGAUUAAAUACGAUCAUUAUUCAGAUCAAGGAUCAUCAUUUCUUAUGCCAGAAAUACCACAAGAGUAUAAUAUGAAUGAAGAUCUUUUGACCUUUUGUCUGAACGAGUACGAUACAAAAGUCAAAAUUCGUCAUGAACAAGUCGAGGGUCGUAGAUUGAGACUUGAAGAAAAAAAAUUAAUGGUCGAACGUUUAUCGAAUCCGUCACAAUUCGUUACAUCUAAAUCGGAAAAAAAAGGUAAACAAAGUAAAAAAUUAUCACCUCAGGCUGGACGGACUAAAAAAUCAGAACCUGAAGCUGAGCCUGAACCUCUGCCGUAUUUACCUACACCUGAUGAAAUCAUUCUUCAGAAAGAAGAGGAAAAUAGAAAAGAGUUGAGAAAAUUAUUAUUUACCCGGUGUGAAAAAACAGAAAUAAAUUUACGAAAAUAUCGGAUACUUGGCGGAGUUUAUCAUAUUGAUUUAAUUUAUCAACCACCUCAGCCUAAAGAUAUGAGAGGAGAUAUUUUUUUGACAACACUUCAACUACCAAAAGUACUCAGAUAUGUAUCUUUUUUACGGCCGUACAAAGCUCCACCGCCAGCACCAGACGCAGAAAGAACGCCAGAGGUGAUUGAAGCUGAAAUGAAAGCUCUUGAAGCUGCGAUGGAAGCUCUAGUUCUUGUCACUUUCAAACUUCCGGAGUCAGUUUUGUGGUUUGAGCCUCCUCUUGUCGCUCACUGGAUUGAUGAUAAAAAAAUUUGGUCGACUCAAGACGUACAUGAUAUCAAAUAUAAUGAAGAAAAACAAAUAAUAACAUUCAGAACUGGUAGACUUGGUAUCCACGGUCUUGCGGCAUUUAAAUUUAUCAAUUUACCAUUUCAAAGUUGGGAACUAAAACCGGAAACAGGUAAAACUGGUGGGGUGACACUGAAUAUUUCUGCUGCUAUUGUUCAAGUUGAAUUUGUUGUGCGGGAAAAUUUGGUAUGUUUAAAUUCUUUAAUCGGAGGAACUACAACUGCGCUUCAAGAUCUUGUUGGAAAAUAUAUGAAACUUGAUAUAUUGAUACGAAAAAUGAGAUCUGGUGGCUGUGAUUUAUUUCCUGAAAGAGAUACUUUUAGUUACAUAAAAGGGCUUCAAGUAAAGCACCCGAUUGCUGAAAAACAUCUUCAAUCAUGUAUGGGUUUACUUAGUACCGCAUACAUGUUUGCCUGGUCAAGAUGGAAUGCAACAGUAUCAGCACGUCAAAUAAUUAUCCAAAUAAAAGAAUUACACGGGUGUGUUGCCAAAGAACAAACAAAUAUGAUGCUGAUGGUAACUCCACUUCGUACUACUCUUAUUGAUUGCACAGAAGUUGGCUCAGAGUUCAGCGAUAAAUCAAUGCCUGGUGAAGAAUCUAAGGGUUCGGAUCCCAGAGUAGCAACAUGUCGAGGAAAACUUCAGAACAGGCGAAGUAAACUCAACCAAGAAAUAAACAAAGAACUAAGACUACGUGCUGGUGCGGAAAAUCUCUUCAAAGCAACCACAAACCGGAAAUUAAAGGAAACAGUAGCAUUGGAAUUGAGUUUUGUUAAUUCAAAUCUUCAAUUACUGAAAGAACAACUCGCUGAGCUAAAUAGUUCUGUUGAGCUCUAUCAAAAUGUCGAUGGACAAGAGCCAGUCAUGCCGAUGAUACCAUUGGGAUUAAAAGAAACUAAAGACAUUGAUUUCCAAGAUCCUUUUAAGGAUUUCAUCUUAGAACAUUACAGUGAAGAUGGCGAUCAUUAUGAAGAAGCAAUUGCUGAUCUUAUGGAAACACGACAGGCAACGAGAACACCAACGCGAGAUGCAUCAGGAAUAGCUUUACUAUUCCGUUACUACAAUCAAUUAUAUUUUAUUGAAAGACGUUUCUUCCCACCGGAUCGAAGCCUCGGUAUUUACUUCGAAUGGUUCGACUCAUUAACAGGAGUACCGAGCUGUCAAAGAACAGUAGCGUUUGAGAAAGCAUCGAUUCUAUUCAAUGCCGGUGCUCUGUACACACAAUUGGGAGCUAAACAAGACAGACGAAGUACUAAAGGACUUGAUCAAGCUGUCGAUGCAUUUUUACGUGCUGCCGGUACAUUUCGUUACAUCCAUGAAAAUUUCACAAAUGCACCGAGUAUGGAUCUUGGUCCUGACAUGCUGGACAUGUUGGUGCUACUGAUGCUGGCUCAAGCGCGAGAAUGUUUAUUUGAAAAACUCGAAUUACAAUCUCGCGAUACAAGAAAUACUGAUAUCUGUUUGGAUCUUGCUCAAGAAGCUGCUCAAGUUGCUGCUGUCUAUAAUGACGUACAUGGAUUAAUAUCACGUGAACCUGUUCGUGAUUAUGUACCUGAAUCCUGGGUUUCUCUGGUUCUUGUCAAGCGCGAACACCAUUUAGCACUUGCUCAUAAACACUGCGCUGCUGGAUUACUGGCUAAACCUAUUGCGGAAUUCAGAACAGAAACAAAACUCACAUUAGAACAUAUCCAAGAGAGUGAUGGGAAAACUCAAAUGGAUAAUGUUAUUCCUAAAGAUGAUCAUGAACGGAGAGCUCUAGGGAGAGCGCAUUUGCGAGAAAGUUUAGUUCUGCAUGAAGAAAGUCAGCGACUACAAAGAAUGUGCAGAGAAUUAAAAGGCAAACAAGCAUUAGCUAAAUUAUUAAAACGAGCACAUGAUGCGACUUUGAAAAAUUAUAAUGACGCUGGUGAUGAAGAUGAUUUGCGAGAAUUACUUGAUCCUCCACAUAUAAUAGCAUCAACAAAAUUCCAAUUAAGUAUCACGCAUCCAGAUUUCGGUCAACACGGAGUUGAUGAUCUGUUCAAAUCACUCGGUCCCGUAGCCAUAUUUUCAGCUAAAAGACACUGGACAGCUCCACGAUCUAUUCAAUUACAACGUGGACCUGGUGGUGAAGGUUUUGGUUUCAGUGUAAGAGGAGACGCUCCUGUUAUUAUUGCUGCCGUUGAUCACAAUUCAUUAGCUGAUCUCGGUGGAAUGAAGGAAGGCGAUUUCAUUGUUAACAUCGAUGACAAAGAUGUUAAAUGGGCCUCCCAUGAACAAGUUGUGCGCUUGAUUAAACAGUGUGGAGACUCAAUUAGUCUUAAACUCGUCACGCCUAUGGAUAGGAAUUAUUUAAAGAAACCUGUGAAGACUAGUCAUCAUGAUAAAGGCAGCGUGUCAGCAAGUAGUUCUUCAGGAGUGUCUUCCGGUCAGCCAAGUCCAGCAGGAUCUGUCACAACGGCUCAUGUUGCCCGACGUAUUCCUUGGAAUCCAUUUAAAAAAUCAACUCAAAGAGAUAGUAGAGAUCUUACGUUCGAUAAUGUCAUUCUCAGAUGAUCUCUACAUUAUAUAUAUUAAUAUAUAUAUGUAUAUCUUACAUACUCUCAUCGUAAUUUCGCGACUAUUUUAUAUUUUUAUCUUUACAUUUUGAGUAAAUAUAAAAAAUUCGCCAUAUUACGAUAAAAAUUAAGAAAAAAAUAAUUCUUGCCACAAUGAUCCAUUUUUUUAAAUUUUAAAAAUAAAUAUAAUUUUUAAAAAUUUAAUUUUAAAUAUUAAUUGUGUACAUAGAUUUUAAAUGAUAUUUUUAUAUAUUUUAUAUAUUUAAAGCAAGUGGAUCAUUCGUGGCAAUAAAAUACUUUUUUAAAAUUAUUUAAUGGAAAUUUUUUAUGCCAAAUUUUGAUUUUAAAAAAUAAUUUUUAUUAUUGAUAAUGAUAAUAAGUAAAUAUUAAAUGUAUGUCUUGUAUAAUUGUUUUUUCUAAGAUAGUGCUGAAAUAUGCGUACAUGAAGCCAUAUAUUAAUUUACUGUACUACAAAAUGUAGAAAAAAAUUAUGUUUAAAUAAAUAAAAUAAAAUUUUUUUUUAAAUUUAGAAAUGAAAAUAUUUAUUCAACUCGCGCUCUAUUCACGUUUUAUCAUGCAUAAAAUCCGAACCCUAAAUGGUUUACCUACUGGUGAAAAAUUAUUUGUAAAAACACAAUAAAGAUGUCUACAAUCCUAACCAUUGUGACGUAAUAAAAAUAAAUAAAGGCAACUAUAAAAUUUCCUUGAAUUUUUCGUCAAAUGUCCAACUUCAGACUUUUUUGUUUUUGAUGACAAUUUAUACAUUACUUAGUAUACAAUUUAACGUCA